AUGCUGCGACAAAAGCUGUUCGGCGAUAACACGGGGGCCGUUUUGGACUUGUCGUUGCCCAAUUGCGCCCCCUCGGAAGUUUCCAGGUAUUUCCCCAACAUUAGGCCCCCAGUUCAAGAGGGCCCCCUUUUAGCAGACCAACUAAUUCAAAUUCAAUCUGUACUGAAUCAAGCCCUAAGUGGAGUGGAUUUUCGUAGGGCUCCAGUGGAGUACGUUUAUAAUCCUACAGAGUAUGCCAGGGCCCCAUUUGAACUGUAUUUAAGAAAAUAUUCAAAUUCCAACCAAAAAAUCCUUUUGGUGGGCAUGAAUCCGAGCCCCUCUGGCAUGUGCCAGACCGGAGUGCCAUUUGGGGACGUUAACUGGGUGAAAAACUGGCUAAAAAUCGAGGGAGCGGUGCAAAAACCUGCUCUAGAGUGCCCUCAAAGGCCAGUGCAAGGUUUCGCUUGCACCAAAAAAGAGCAAAGUGGGGAUCGAUUCUGGAAGUUUUGGCAGGGUUUGUGCACGGAACCCGAGCAAUUUUUCCAUAAUGCCUUCGUCUACAACUACUGCCCUUUGGCUUUCAUGAACGGAGCAGGUAAAAACCUCACUCCAGUUGAUCUAAAAUGCAAUAAACAAUUAAUGCUGCGACAAAAGCUGUUCGGCGAUAACACGGGGGCCGUUUUGGACUUGUCGUUGCCCAAUUGCGCCCCCUCGGACGUUUCCAGGUAUUUCCCCAACAUUAGGCCCCCAGUUCAAGAGGGCCCCCUUUUAGCAGACCGACUAAUUCAAAUUCAAUCUGCACUGAAUCAGGCCCUGAGUGGAGUAGAUUUUCGUAGGGCUCCAGUGGAGUACGUUUAUAAUCCUACAGAAUAUGCCAGGGCCCCAUUUGAACUGUAUUUAAGAAAAUAUUCAAAUUCCAACCAAAAAAUCCUUUUGGUGGGCAUGAAUCCGAGCCCCUCUGGCAUGUGCCAGACCGGAGUGCCGUUUGGGGACGUUAACUGGGUGAAAAACUGGCUAAAAAUCGAGGGAGCGGUGCAAAAACCUGCUCUAGAGUGCCCUCAAAGGCCAGUGCAAGGUUUCGCUUGCACCAAAAAAGAGCAAAGCGGGGAUCGAUUCUGGAAGUUUUGGCAGGGUUUGUGCACGGAACCCGAGCAAUUUUUCCAUAAUGCCUUCGUCUACAACUACUGCCCUUUGGCUUUUAUGAACGGAGCAGGUAAAAACCUCACCCCAGCUGACCUAAAAGACUGCAAACAGCUGGAAACAAUUUGCGAUAAAUCUUAUAAAGAAGUCCUGGAAUUGUUUGAGCCAGAAAUUGUAAUUGCAAUCGGCAGAUACAUUGAAAAGCGUUCAAAAUUUGUUUUGAAAACCUCAAAAACUGGAUCAAUGAGGCUCCUUUGCAUGCCCCAUCCCAGCCGCAGAUCAACCAACAACCAAAACUGGCCCCAAAAAGCUCAAACCUUUUUGGAAACAAACAACUUGUUGCAAUUUUUCUAGUUUAUUGUUUAAAUCCUACAAAACUAUACAAUUAUCGGGGCUCUAUUCUUGGGCCCGGUAAUUUUUAAUGUUGACGAGAACCCAGGCGGGCACCGUGCAAAUUCCUACGGCGAUGGCGACGCCGUGGGCCAGUUUUUCCAUUGGGGUAAUGUGCACUCGAGGGGGCCCCGAUAGCACAUUGGAUUGCAAGCCUCGGGUGCCCAAUUUGGGAACCAGUUUCAGGCUUUUGGCGGCAAACAUUCUAGAACACACAAAGGGGGGCUAUUUAGGAGUCCUAGGGCAAGUUUAGGAAAUUGAAAACUUACUCUAAUUGCUC